CCAACCCACGAUGACGUCAUCGGGAUGUAAAUAGUCCGCAUCGAGGCCCGCUCGGUCUUUUCCAUCUCCUGUUAGUGCGGGCCGGCGGCUCCUGUCCUGUCUCCCGAACCUUUAACACCAAAGCGGCAAAAUGAUCAUCUACAGGGACAUCAUCUCGAAUGAUGAGCUGUUUACAGACGUCUACAAAAUCACAGACACCCCCAUCUUCUACGAAGUUGAAGGAAAGCACAUCACCAUGGCACACGGGGACAUCGACGGUUCUUUAAUCGGAGCCAACGCGUCCGCUGAAGAAGCGGCGGAGGGCACGGACUCGUCAUCGGUCUCUGGCAUUGAUGUGGUCCUCCACAACAAACUGCAGCAGACAACCUUUGAUAAGAAGAGCUACAUGGGCUACAUUAAGGAGUACAUGAAGAAAAUCCGGGCCAAUCUGGAGAAGACUAACCCAGAGCGUCUGGAGAAAUUCAUGGCAGACUCCAACUCAGAAAUCAAGAAACUUAUCCCAGAAAUUAAAAACCUGCAGUUCUUCACAGGAGAGUCCAUGAACCCAGACGGCAUGGUGGUCAUCCUGGACUACCGCGAGGACCAAGUCACACCUUUCUUGCGCUUCUUUAGGGACGGUCUGGUCGAGGAGAAAUGUUAACCAGCUGGACCACCAGACAAACUUAUGUUCCAUCAUGGCCGCCACUCGGGAACCUUCCUUCUUCAUCAUUGCUGCGUCACGAUUAGUGAUCACACCAAGAAGGAAGGAAUGUGCUGAAGGUUUCAGGAUUUGGACUUUGGAUGUUUUAGCAAAAACACGACAACUCAACUUUUGUCCCACUGGAUGACUUUCUGAUUACAUUCAAAAUUCAUCUCCUCUGGUUUCAUUUGAGAAUAAAGAUGACUUCUACCGCUA